ACCCAUUAGUUUUACAGAGUAACUCUCCUGUACUCUCGUUAACUCGGAUAAAUCUCGACGAGCUUCGAAUACAGAGUCGUCGAGACUUUUGUUUUUUUUAUUUUCCUUUCUUUUUCUACCCGGCACGGCCUCCUGGAACUUGGCUGCAUCGACUGUGGGCUGGAGGGCGGAUGCAAUGACGUAUCGACCGGCCCGAGGUCAACCGGGGUCACCAAAGUUCAUAGCGCGUUUGGUGCAAAAGUAACCAGUGUCGGUUCCUAUCGCACGACAACGCUGUCAAAAAGCUUUUGGUCUCUCUCUCUCUCUCUCUCUCUCUCUCUCACAUCGCUCCUUUUUCGAUUAUUCAAACGUAUACCAUCGGCGAGUAAGAGAUAACUCGAUGCCGCCAAAUGGCGAAAUUCGGCUUCAUUCACGUGUCCUCGAAAUAACGCUGAGACAAUGAUUCAAAUAAUAGAUAUUUCAUCAAUAGAAUGAGAAUAAAUUUCUAAGUAUUUUUUGUUGUUCGAAAACGUUUCGCUAUCAAAUAAAAACAGUCAGUUGUUUACUAAUUUUGUUGGAAUACUUAAUUUUUGACGAAAUUUCGGAAGGAAGAUAUUUCAAAUUGUUAUCUUAUCUUAUAUUUUUUUACGUGCUUAUCUUGUCUUUUAAGUUGUUAUCUUAUCUCAUAUUUUUAUGUGUAUUAUUGAAUUAGAUUUAUCGAUAUACCGUAACGCAAUGUGUCUCCCGCGAAAUUAUCUCGAAAGGACCGCAAGUGCGCAAAUAUCUUUUUUUUUUUAGCCGUCGUAUAUUCCAUUCACGAUUCGAGAGAAAGGGUUCAUAAAUUAUACGUAGAAAAUAAAUGUAAAUGUAUUCGCUUGCGAGUAAUAGCGAAAUAUAAAAAAAAACGUGGCGAUAUUAAGGUUCGAUUUGAAGCUCACUAUUUGAAAACGUUACUCUGUUAAUAAAUUCCGGAUGAUUGGUGCUAUGCCAGCGGUGGCUGUCCGUCACGAGCGUAGGAGACAAGAAAAAAGGCUGAAGCGGCCAAGUCAGCUUUAUUUAGGAGGACAGUGGUUACCACCCCUUCAGGGUUCGCCGCCCACCCCUAGUCCGCACGGGCACAAUCUCGAACCCUUGCCCGAGCUCUACUUAUGUGGCAAGAUAUCCGGGCUGCACGCCGUGGUGGUGUGCCUGUUGUUGGGCGCGGUGGUGCUCGUGGUCGGUCUCGUCCAACUUGUCCCGGGUGCAACGACCACCAACCACAGGUUGGCGUUACUUGUGGCAGGCGCUAUCCUACUUUUACUGGGCUUUAUCUUGGCGGGCGUGAGAUGUUACGUGUUACAUUGCAUCCCGCUUCCGGUCGAGUCGCCAGUCGCGACGCCAAUUCCACCAGCGACGAGUGAACAGGCGCCUGCCGUACCUAAAGGCACCCUGGACCUUCUGGUAGGUCAUCAAAGCCAGCCGGAGACAGACGCUCUGAUGCAGCAUCGGGAGCACCACCACCACCAUUACCAACCUCACAGCUACCAUCAUCACAACAAUCACAAGAAGAAACGUAGUUCUCAGGGCUCGCAUUCCGAAGAGGCCUAAAACACAAACGAACAAAAUGAGACAAUGUGAAAGGGGAGAGAGAGAGAGAGGGGGGGGGGGGAGAGAUACUCUCGUUCGACGAUCGCGCGAAAGUCGAGUUUGGCAAGAGGAGAUUGCUCGAACGUUUCCAAAUUAAAGACACGGCUCGCACAAAUGUCGAACGGAGGAGAGGGGGGGAGGGAUGCACUUUUACAUGUAAAAUGUCAUUUUAGUAUAUACAAUAAUUUACAUGUAAAAGCGCGGAAUAUGUUUCUUCUCGUAAGAAAAAAUAGAAACAACGUUUUAUUUAUUACAAGUAUAGAGCGAAAGGUUUAUACUAUCGAAACGAGUCUAUGAGAUUUCACCUUUUGACAUUCUUUUUGUAACAAGGAAAACUGCUAAUCAAGUUUUGACGAAAUAUCGGCAAAAUCCUAGUUACGUACAUUGAUAUCUAUAUACAUAUAUUAAAAAAUAACCAACAUAACUACACAGUAAAAAAGUAUUGUAUUUGUGGUAAAAUUUUUAGCAUGUCCAAGUGUUAAUUUAACAUCAUAUGAUUGUAUUAAUUGAAUAUUUUUAAUAUUUAACGUUUUUUAGUAUUAAAAUAACACAAUUUAUGGACAAAUGAAUAAAAAGUAACAUAAAAAUAAUAUAGUUUUAAAACGUAAAUUUUUUUAAUGGAUAAAAUAUAUAAAAUAUGUAUUGACAUAUCAUAAAUGUUAAUUAUUUGAAAAAUAUGCUUCUACAAUUUAUUUCAAAAUUGUAAUUAAUAAAAUACAAUGUGUGGCUCAAAUGAAUCAAAUCAAUUAGAAAUAUAAAAGCCUUUCCACAAACCAUCGCAGGUAUUAUUAGUACACACAGUGUGUACAAAAUGAUGAAAUCUAUUAUUAAUUGUUACAAUAUUCAAACGUUUCGAUCUUAUUAUUGAAUCAUUUUCAGUGAGCAACGUAAAUUAUAUGUCACAUCCGUAAAAAUAAACCAAGUUUUAGUCAGCUCCUGUCACGUCAAGCAAACUCAAGAACUUAAUUUUUACGAAUGUGCCAUAUAAUUUACGCGGUUCACUAAAGAGGAUUCAAUAAGAGGAUCGAAACGUUUGAAUAUUGUAACAAUUAAUAAUAGAUUUCAUCAUUUUGUUGGCAUUACCUGCGCGGUGGCUUGUGAAAAGACUUUUAUAUUUGUAUAAUAAUUUCUAAAUUGCGUUAAAGUGUUAUACUUGUGUGCGCGAGAGUUCUUUAUGUAAUAUUUGUGUCACUAACAUAUUUAUAUUUCGUUAAAUUGAUACAAAAAUUUGGGGAUUGUUUAAAACACGUAAAAUAUGUUAAAUUUUUUACUGUGUAAUUUAUGUUGCAAAAGUAUAUGCCGAGGCAAGUGCACUUUUCUACCUGAUGUACCCAGGAUUCGAUAUAUCUAACGACAUUCUUUUAUCACAAAGAUUUCUAGUAGAGAAAUUUCGUAGAGGAGACGUUCAUCUAUCGAUUGGUACAGAGUGGUACAUUAUUAACUGUGCAAUCGGAUGAUGAUGUAAGUUAAAGCGCAAUUAAAAACGCAGAAUAAAUUUUUUCCAUAAAAAAUUUUAUUCCUGAGAAAAUUGUUUGUUCGCUAAUGAAAUAAUUAGCGUAAUAAUCUUUUAUCAUUUCGAAACUCUUGGACAACUGUCGGUACGCAUUCUUCAAUAAAAUAGAAAUGUUAAAAUAGAAAGAAAAAAAUAAAUAAUUUAACAGUCUAUUAAGCAGAAUAUGUUUGUUAAUAUUUUUCGCGACUAGAAUAACCGCUAAUUGGAAGUUACGUGAACUUAUGAAAGAGAAAACGCACGCGCGCACGCACGCACGCACGCACACACUAUUGAUUUUCUAAUCUCACGGUUGUUUUCUCCGGAGAUGGAGAAAACGAGUGGAAGCUUUGCACAUGACUUUAUUUUGUAUCCUUUUUUAUCGUGAAAUUACCUUGUUCCACGCCGUAUCGCCAAUAACAUACCACUCUGUAUACAAAUCGUAUUUAUUUCACUCGGAAAACACGUAGGGAAAAUCGGUGUAUGGGAGGAAUACGUUGUAGACAUAUACGACGCGAUUGAUCUCACACAUCGCUCUACCUUGGAUAUUCUCGACGAAGAACUUCGUAGAAAUAACACAUUUAUAUAAUAAAAUUGAAUUUAGAGGGAGAAUAACCGAGAGCCGAGAGCCGAGAGUCGAGACGGCCAAAGUAAAAAUGACGCAGAGAGGAUCGCGAUUAUAGAAAAAUUUAAGAAACACGUCGAUGUCGAUACUUAUAAACUUAAUUAGCGAUAAGAUUUUUCCAGCACCCUCGCGCACCAAUUAGCAAAACCUCGAUGUUACUUCUUUCAGAAAGGUCUUGACGAAUUGGGAACGAAUAGUCACCUAACAAUGUUCGCAGGAAAACGCGUCUUUUGCAUAAACAAAGAGUACAUACAUGUACAUUAUCUUUUUACACUCGAUAUAUAUUUAUACCUGAGCGAGAUUUGAACAAAAAGUUUGUGCCUGCGCGCGGAGAAGGCUUCGCACGAUCGUCGAAUUGAUCAGAUCGUGUUUGCGUUGGUUCAACAUUCGGAUUAGAAUUAAUGAAAUAAUUCGCUUGGACGCGGUGUGAAAUCGAUGCCGAUCCUGCUGCUACGAUCAUUCGUCACGCCCCGACUUCACGAGGCGUGACAAUACGCACGCGCGGGGUGCGCUAUUUAUGCGAUUAAUGUUUCUCGCGAGAAUAAUUGAAUAAUUCUCGGCGCGCGGAGAUACACGUUCGUCUAUUUGGGGUCCACUUAAAGUUAUCGCGUGUUGAAAAUUAAAACGCUGUAUUAACAAUUACGAGAAUAUUUUACAAACUGGCGUACAAUACUAGGACUCGAUCCCGAUGUCGACGCGCAGCGAAAUGUCGUGGGAUCUAGCGAUCGCAUUGCACUUGCUAUGUUCUCUCAUUCACUUGGCAAUCAUUUAGUCACUAAUAUAUAGGUGCACACGAGACAAAUACAAACGCACGCACACACACACACACACACACACACACACACACACACACUGCAAAUCUAGCGUUAGCGGUUGGGGUCUGUUGCACUAACGCGUUGCACUUUUAGUUGACUAUCUCUAGCUGGAUGUUAACGUCUCUUCUUCUAUCUAAGGAUAGAGCCAGGUUCCCCACCUGUAACCUAUAAUCGAAAGUAGAGAGUUUAAUUAGCUUUAGAGCGGUAAUCGACGUUGGUGCAAUCAGUCCUCCUAAAUAAAAUAACACAUCUGUCUAGGGAUAACUCCGCGCCGAGAAUGUAAAUAUAGUGGAACAAACUGUUGAGUAUAAACCGCGCAAAGUUGCGCGGUAAUCACCCGACUC